AUGAAGUACCUAGACAUGGUAACCCCAAAAAACGUGGUAACUGCGGCUACAGCAGCUGGCACAGUCUACCUGGUGGCUAAGACCAUCAUGGCAGGGAUCAAGAGCCCUCCCUACAACCCAAAGCCACUUCCCUUAGCCAGACUUGCCAUAGAGCACCAGGCUCCAAAUGUGACUGUGGGGGACUCUGGAGAGCUCAGGGGACUCCUGCUUUCCCUCAAUCCAAGCCUAGAUGACUAUGCCAAGAAAAUGAUUUUCCAUGGCAUCACACGGUGUGUUUACCUUCUAGACAACGAGGCAACUGCCUGUACCUGCGACGACAUCGUACUAGUGGCCUCAUUCCUGGAUGAUGAAGACAUGGGCAUCAAGAUUCAGGCGCUCAAUGCCCUCAAGGCCUUUGCUGGCAUCUUGAAGUUCAAAAUCAAAAUUCAGGAAUUUGUCCCCCAAAUUCUUGAAAUGAUCGCCAACUUCUGGGAUAACGAUAUGCACAUUGCUGGGUUGAGGCUGCUGAAUGGACUGCAGCUACCGGUUCAAACUCAUUCGCUGCUCAAAAAGCUUCUGCCUUCUUUGAUGGACAUCCUGCAGCUAGGGAGCCCUGUGGCCAAGGUGCAGGUUCUAAAGUUUCUUAGCACGCUAGCCCAAAAGGAAGAUCUAUUGUAUGACAUCAUGAACUGCCAGGUGCACGCUGACUUCUUGACCCUCUUCCAACCUUACCAUCCUGGAAACCUCCUCUUUGAAAUGCUGGUGUUUGUGGAACGGCUAAGCGAGGGACGUCUGACUCCCCACUAUCAGUCAGUGAACUGGCAGUACAAUGAGUUGUCCCUUCAUGAGGUCCUCUUUGGAGAAGACUCCCGUCUGUCUGACCGCCUUCUCUCCCUUAUCAUUCACCCUGAGGAAGAGGUGCAAAUACAGGCCUGCAGGGUCAUCUUGAAACUCCAGCUUAGUGAUGGCACAGAGAUAGCUGCUGCUGGUGAAACUGGUUCUAGACUCAGUAGCUUCCUCUUUGACUCUGUUGGCAACAUCACUGUAGCUGAAUCCACAUUGAUGUCUGAGUGUUGA